AGAGGAACGACAUCACACCAAAACGGGACUCAAUUUGUGCAGAAAUCUGAGCAAAAACAUCACAAUCUAGAGACCAUUUGUUACACUUUAACCUUCUGCAUGGAAUAAAAGUAAGGCGUGUACAAACAACUAUGAGCUCCCCUAAAACAUCUGCGUCCUUUGUACUGAUCAGCAUGACAUUGUGGUUUAUUAUGUUCCUGCGCUGCCGCGGUCAACUGCGAGCACAUCUGGGGACUACCCCAAACAUUAAAGACAUUGUGGUUGGAAGGUGCUACAGUUACAUCACACUGGUUAAACCCAGCUUCAGGUACGACUGUGAGGAGAUCUGGAGACAGUUUGAGGAGGUGGUUGUCCGUCAGUCCUCCUGUAAUGUGACAGUGGAGGAUUAUUAUCACAUGUUUUCUGCCAUGCCACAAACCUGGCCCUGUGAUUCGUUACUCUUCUGGAGUAAAACCAGGACACUGAUGCACAGCUAUGCAGCUGUUUUCCGUCACUUCUGGACGCUGGAGGAUACGCUGGUUGGCUACAUGUUCAAUGACCUUAUUUGGUGUGGACAAGAGGAAGACUCCGGUUUUGAUUUCAGUUCUUGUCCGGAGUGGUCGGCAUGCAGGAAUCAUCCGGUGUAUUCCUUAUGGAGGCAAGCCUCAAAAAACUUUGCCGAAAUGGCAUGUGGCAACAUCACUGUCUUACUGAACGGGUCUAUUACCAACGCCUUCAACAGGAAAAGCAUGUUUGGAAGUGUUGAACUGGACAGUUUGAACCCACGCAGAGUGAACUAUGUCAACAUAAAGGUGGUGACCAAUCUGGAGGGACCUUUAAUAGAAUCAUGUAGUGAAGGAUCCAUUGUGGAUCUGAUCCAGAUCCUCCAGUCCAGAGGUUUCCACUGGACUUGCACAGACAAUGACCAGACCCUGAUGAUCCUUCAGUGCAUCCAGAACCCCAAAGAGACAUCCUGCCAAACAUGUGCAAGCAAGCUUCUCACACAGAAAGAGCCUCAAAUUUAACGAAAUCCUCCACAGAUUCAGUAUUUAUUCUAAUAUUGUUGUUUAAAGUUGAAUAAAAUA